CCGCGAUACGGCUAGGGAGUGUGUAGGCGUAUUGUGUGCGGCCAUGACUUAUCGUUUGAAACAGCACAGGCGACAGAAUCUUGCCCUGGUCACCCCCACCCACGACGAUACUGACGACGAAACCAGAGGCACGCAGCGGGUCGGCUCCUCCACCCCCAUCCCCAUCUGGCGAACGGUGGCGCGUGUGUUGCUCCGGCGAGAUGCCCACCAAUGGCCUCAAGCUCAACGGGAUGUGUGCUGCGCCCGGCCCGUGGAGCAGUUUCGUCUUCCCAGUCGAGUCACAGGAUUCGAUGAGUGUCCCGAACGUCGUGUUUGGCGCCGGCGGCAGUGCACAGGCAGGCGUGGAGGCGGCGGCGGGCGAGGUGUGCUCUGAAGCCACCAGUGGCUGGAGACGCAGGGGUGUUGCCGGGCUGGCGGGGUGGAUUGGUUCCGUUCUACCAGUGGACUCCCAGGAUUCGAUGAGUGCCCCCAUUGUCGAGAUGGACGCGGUCGGCAAAGCACAGCCAUAAGAAACUGUGCUGAACAUCCUUCUCUCCUUCUGAUUUUGCAGCUCUUUUAGCAAGUUUGCAUAUUUAGAAAGGUUGAGCUUUGUCUAGUUAGCAUUGAAGUUGAUCUGAAGCUGGGUGUUUGGCACAUAUUUCACUGCAAUUUUAGUUUCAGUGCAAUUUGGGACAAAUUUGUUUGGAUGAGUAGUAUGUUUGUUGGAUUUUCCCCUGUGGCAAAGGCAGCUUUAUGGUGUAAAAUGGGUAGUCAGAGUAGAUAGCUUUUUUUACUUGGGCCAAUGGAACAUUUGUAGCUUGCACUUUGGGGGUUAGUGAUGUUGGGUUUAGAAUUGCCGUAUUUACUUGAUGAGUUUUGCUACAGUGGGAGCUACAUGAUUUUUUUGAUUGGUACGCGAUAAAUUUGGAGUAAAACUUUAGCGGAUGGUUGAGUGGGACAAUUUGGAGUAAAACUUUUGAGGAUUGUUUAGAGGCAAGCUGGUUGUGUUUAGGUUGUUGGUUACUUUUUAGAGGCAAUGGAACAAUGCAGUUUGCAGUUUGGGGUGUUAAUGAUGUUGGAUCCAGUAUAACCAUAGUUGUUUGAUGAGUUUUGAUCCAGUGCAAGUCAAAGGAUUGUUUUGAUUGGGAGAUGAUUGGUUUGGAGUAAAACCUUGAUGAUGGUUGUUUGGGACAAAAGUGUUCAUCAAUGUUCUUGGGGUGAUUUCACACAGGAGGAUCCGUUUGAGGAUUUUCUAGAGGCAAGCUGGCUGUGCUUAGGUUGUCAGUCAAGCAGCUUGAAAGCAUGCCCACUGUCUAUACAAAUUCACCAAUGUAGCUACCGUAUCUUGCAGGAAACUCUGUUAUCACACAACAACCUGAUGUUCUGCGAGCUAAUGCGAAUGCAAGGGAACCAUUCAGCGGCGGCAAGUUACUCGCUUGAGGCAAUCAAACGGUAGUUCGUUGUUCUGUAAAACAGUUUGCCCUGUGUGGUAUAGGCAAUUGGAAAUGCCAUGUAACUGUUUUUCAUCCAGUUUUAAGAACCUCAGCAAGAUAUUCAGUUUGGACCGAGUGCAGCGUUAAUUCAGUGCAAAUGCACUUUAAUUCAUGCAGCUCCCACCAAUACAUUUUA